AUGUCGAGCUACGACAACACGAGGUAUGCCUCGCAGGAGAUGAUGACCAUCUUCUCGGCCCGCGAGCGCGCCAGCACCUGGCGUCAGCUCUGGGUCUGGCUUGCCGAGGCUGAAAAGGAGCUGGGACUCCCCAUCCCGGACGAGGCUCUGGACCAGAUGCGUGCGAACGUGGUGGUAUCCGACAAGGCUUUUGCCUCUGCUCGGGACUACGAGGCCAAGUUUCGGCACGACGUCAUGGCCCAUGUCCAUGCCUAUGGCGAAGAUGCCCCUGCUGCCGCUGGCCACAUCCACCUCGGUGCUACUAGCUGCUAUGUCACCGACAAUGCCGACCUGAUCUUCCAGCAGCGUGCCCUGGAUCUCAUCCUUCCCAAGCUCGCCAAGGUCAUCAAGAAUCUGCAAGAAUUCGCGCUCAAGUAUAAGGACAUGCCGACCCUGGGCUUCACGCACUACCAGCCGGCCCAGCUCAUCACUGUGGGCAAGCGUGCUGCGCAGUGGAUUCAGGAGCUCAUGAUGGACCUGGAGGACAUCGAGACGGUCCGCGAGAGGCUCCAGUUCAGGGGCGCCCAGGGCACCACUGGCUCGCAAGCGACCUUCCUCGAACUGUUCAACGGCGAUGCCGAGAAGAUCACGAAGCUUAACGAGAUCCUCUGCAAGAAGGCGGGGUUCCCAUCCACCUACGCCAUUUCCACUCAGACUUACACCAGAAAGGUCGACCUCCGGGUUGCCAAUGCCGUCUGCGCCCUCGGCGCCACGGCCGAGCGGAUCUGCUCGGAUAUCCGCCACCUGGCCAACCUGAAGGAGAUGGAGGAGCCGUUCGAGAAGAGCCAGAUUGGAAGCUCAGCCAUGGCCUACAAGAGAAACCCCAUGAGGUCUGAACGCAUCACCGCCCUUGGCCGCAAGCUCGCCCGUCUGCCGGCCAACUUCACCGCCACGUUUGAGACGCAGUGGUUUGAGAGGACACUCGAUGACAGCGCCAUCCGCCGGAUGGACAUUCCCGAGAUGUUCCUGCUUGCCGACUCCAUCCUCCUGGCACUCGACAACGUCACAAACGGUCUCGUCAUCUACCCGAGCGUUAUCCGGUCCCGCAUCGACCAGGAGCUUCCGUUCAUGGCCACCGAGUCCAUCCUGAUGAAGCUUGCCGCCCAUGGGGUCUCCCGCCAAGACGCCCACGAGGAGAUCCGUGUCCUGUCACACCAAGCUAGCGAUGUCGUGAAACAGCAGGGCGGUCGCAACGAUUUGCUCGAGCGCAUCAAGAGAACCGAGUUCUUCAAGCCCGUUUGGAACGACAUCGACAGCCUUGUCGACCCCAAGCUGUUCAUCGGCAACUGCCCCAAGAUCGUCGAGGACUACUGCAACGGAGAGGUUGCGAAGAAGCUGGCGAAAUACAAAGAAGUCCUGGACAAGGCGUCGACAGCACAGCUCUCCAUCUGA